AGAUCAGAACUGCUGCUGCAUGCCUCAGAGCUCCAGUCCGGAACCAGAACCAGAACCAGAACCAGAGCGCCAUGCUGCGUGUGCGAUGCCUGAGAGGAGGGAGCCGCGGAGCAGAAGCCGCUCAUCUGAUCGGUGCUAUGGUGGGUCGCGCGGUGUCGGGAUGGGUGUCACGCGCGUUCCGCAGCACCUCGAGUUCCGCCGCCGCGCUCCAGCUCACAGCAGACGAGCCGGUUACCGAGUACACGCCCGAGGACUGCCCCGUGUGCGCGCACAAUGAGUGGGACCCGCUCGAGGAGGUGAUCGUAGGGAGAGCCGAGAACGCCUGCGUCCCCCCGUUCACCGUGGAGGUCAAGGCUGGUUUUGCAGGCAUGUACGCAGCGAUGCCGAGAGAUAUCCUGAUCGUGGUGGGGAACGAGAUCAUCGAGGCCCCGAUGGCCUGGAGGGCCCGGUUCUUCGAGUACCGCGCGUAUCGGCCCCUCAUUAAGGAGUACUUCAGGCGAGGAGCCAAGUGGACCACUGCACCCAAACCCACCAUGAGUGACGAGCUGUACGAUCAGGAAUACCCCAUCCGCACCGUGGAGGACAGACAUAAGCUGGCUGCUCAGGGGAAGUUUGUCACCACAGAGUACGAGCCGUGUUUCGACGCUGCAGACUUCAUCAGGGCCGGCACUGAUAUCUUUGUACAGAGGAGUCAGGUUACAAACUUCAUGGGCAUCGAGUGGAUGAGACGUCACCUCGCUCCCACCUACAAGAUCCACAUCAUCUCCUUCAAAGACCCCAACCCCAUGCACAUUGACGCCACCUUUAACAUCAUCGGCCCGGGGCUGGUGCUGUCGAACCCUGAUCGGCCCUGCAGGCAGAUCGAGAUGUUCAAGAAGGCCGGCUGGACUGUGGUGACUCCUCCAGCUCCUCUUAUUCCAGACAAUCAUCCGCUGUGGAUGUCGUCCAAAUGGCUCUCGAUGAACGUGUUGAUGCUGGAUGAGAAGCGUGUGAUGGUGGACGCUAACGAGUCGAACAUACAGAAGAUGUUUGAAAGUCUGGGUAUUCAGACCAUUCGAGUCAGCAUCCGGCACGCUAACUCCCUGGGAGGAGGCUUUCACUGCUGGACGACGGAUGUGCGCCGCCGCGGGACGCUCCAGUCGUACUUCCUCUAGCCUGCCAGAGACGCGCAGUCCUUACUGAGCUCAGAUCAGCAUGCUUUGAUCGCGCCGUGCAUGUCAGGGCUUUUGCAAACGCCACAGAUGAACGUGAUGAAUACAAACCUCAGUGAUCUCAAUAACGACUGCAUCUCUGGCCGGCUGUUGUAGGAAUGACUCCAGUGAAGCAGCCAGAGCCCCCCCCCCCACGCCACCACGACCACAGAAGAAGAGUUUCUACCUCCUGUUUACCAAAAACACAAAAAAACAUAGCGUAUUUUGAAUUGUAAUGACUUCUUAUAUAAUGCAUUUUAAUUAUAGAUCUUUUUUUUUACCCUACAUGUGAUGUGCCAAGUGUUGAUUUGUAAACUCAGGUAUUUUUGUAGCCAUACUUUGUAAGCAUUUCAUAGAAAUGUAAAUAUCUAUAUGCAUUUUAGUGGCAUAUACUUUCCCUUCACAAAAGUGUUUUCUAGCCUCUGCCUCUGAUGUCAUUCUCUAUAGCAGGAGCCAGGAACGUUUGGCUGAUUAUUCGCGCUGCGCUUGUGCUGUGCUUCUCUGGUUAAACUUGUUGGGUGCGAUGAUCCUGUGUCAGGUCAAACCAAUAUAUUAAAGAUACACUUGGAAACCAG